AUGAACAAAACAGCUUCACAAAAUGCCGUACAGCCUACACGGACAACAUUGGACAAGCACUGCACAGUUCAGUGCGCGUCAAAUUGCGUGGUUCGGUGUACGUUAAAUUGCGCAUUGAAUUGCAUGUUUAAUUGCAUGUCGAGUUGUGUGGUGGGUUGCGUGUUAAAAUGCGCGAGUCGGCGCAUGUCAAAUUGCGCAGUGCGGUGCAGCCAAUGUUUUGCGAUUUGCGUGUUAAAUCGUGGUGCGGUACGGUGCAGUGUGGUGCGGUGCGGUGUGGUGCGGUGCGAUGCACUGCCACACGCAGUGUGGCGCGGUGCGGUGCAACGCGGUGCAGUGCGGUGCGGCGCGGACACCGAAGCGGUGCACGGCGAUGCUCGGGGGCGCAUUGCGCGGGCCCAGGCGUGGAGCAGUGCAGUCCGGGACGACGCGGCGCAUGCAUGCAUCACGUUCUCCGCAACCCUCCCCAAUGAGCAAUAUAUGGUUGCACAUGUGCACCUCUUUUUUUACAAGUGCCAAGUCUGGAUGCUGGCAUGA